GAAGGGCGGUAUUCCUCAUACCCGAACCUUCCCUGGUGUCUCUCUCCCUCCCUGGGUUCCUCUGCUUUUUCUUGUUCACCAAACACCCCCAUAAUUUUUGAUCAAACCCAAUUACCCUUUUGAUCAUACCCCCUCCCCCAAUCCAAAUCUUUUCACUUUUCAACUUUUCCCCCACAAAAGUAGGUGAUUUUUUUUUCAUUCUUCUCCUGUCAAGUUUGGAUUAUUUUUUUUGGGUUCAGACAGACAUUGAUUGGGUAGCUUCUGUUAUCUUUUGAUGUAUCUGUUUCCGAUCAUCAUUACAUUUUAAAACAAAGUUUGAUUCGAUUGUAAGGACAAGAAUUAACCGAUUAUCAUAUCCUACCGCAUUUAAUUGAUUUUGAGUUUAUGGUCAGUGGGACAAUCUGAUCUGAUUUUUGAUCCGGAGCUUGGUUUUUUCCGGUCAUGGCGACCACGGCCAAGUCUUCUGGGUCUUCUUCUUCGCUGAAUUACUGGCGGAGCUAUUUCCGGACGGCGAAUUCGGACAUUUUCGGCAUCAUUGACCAUGCUAUUAUGGUCGCGGCGGUGGAUUGUCCCAAGGAGUUCCGGCUGCGGAGGGAUCGGGUGGCUGAGCUGUUGUUUUCUUGCCGGAUGAGCCGGUGUUCGGGUUGCGAAAAGGUUGAGCUGGUGGUGCCUUGUGAUCAUGGUGAAGGUGAUGAGGGUGUGGACGGUAGUGGUGGGGAUGGAGAUUUUGGAGGUGGGGCUAGUAAAGAGAGCAAGGUCAAUAGCACCAGUAGGGAUGAUGAUCAGGUGAUGAAGAAUGAUAGCAAUUACGGAUUGGCUGAGGCUUUGACUGAUGAGAUUGAAGAAGAGUCUCAGGUUUUCGAGGAGGUUCUGAGGAUCAAGGAGGUCUUCCAGAAUAGUGAGCAUGAGUCUGAUGCUGUGUUGUAUGAGUCAUUGAGGAAGCUUGAGUUGAUGGCUCUGUCUGUGGAGACUCUCAAGGCAACUGAGAUUGGGAAGGCGGUGAACCGAUUAAGAAAGCAUGGAUCAGUGAAGAUUCGUAAUCUGGUUCGAGCACUGAUUGAUGGGUGGAAAGUUAUGGUGGAUGAGUGGGUGAAUGCUACUACAGCUAUUGCUUCUGGGGGAACUGAGGUUAUUUCGGACUGUGUUGAUCCAUCGGUUGAUUAUGACUUUGAGGAAGGACUCCCUACUCCUCCAUUGGAUGAAGGAGCUUUCUUUGCUACUCAAACCACCUCAAUGGAACUGUCUGAGUUCUUUGAUGGUAUGGAAGAUUAUGGGAACCCUCGAAACAAUGGGCAAUACACGAGGAAUCGUGAGAAUGGAAGAAAACCCUCAUUGGAGAAACAAAAGUUUGUGAAGCAGGAACAACAGUAUGAAAGUGAUGAGGGGAAUGUGCUUCCGAGGAAAAUAAAGAGUGAACCAGUGAUGGUGAAACAAGAAGUUGAUGUGAAGCCAAAUAGACCCUCAAACACCAACUCCGGCCCUCGCAGACCUCCCAAAAUAACUAUGGAGCAAAAAGGUGUCAGUAGUGUAACGAAUAUUGAACAAAGAACAGAAAAGUCUUCUAUUCAGAAGAGGCAAGUCACUGGUCAGCAGCAAGAUAAAUAUAAGUGUUCAGAUGAAGUUGCAGUCCAAGUGAAGCUUGAAGCUACAAAAAGGAAACUCCAGGAGAGCUAUCAACAAGCUGAGAAUGCCAAGAAGCAACGGACUGUACAGGUAAUGGAAUUGCAUGAUCUUCCCAAGCAGGGGCUUGGCCAUAGGAAUCCACAUGUGAAACAUGGAAACCACAUUCGACAAAGGGCUCUUGGGCGGAGAUUCUGAUCGAAGGAAGAAGUUGUUCCAUUGGGUCAGAGUCGGGAUCCAUAGACAAAAAAAAGAAAAAACAAACCUUGAUCUGUUGAGGAGAUCCUGUUUAGCUCAUCAUCAGCCACCGGUGAUGUAGAGGCCCUGUAUGCUGAUAUGGUUCAUUUGCAUUCCCAGGCAGACAGGGUGUUCUAAUGGAUUUCAACAUAUACACCAACGGAUAACAACUCCCAGGAGAUUUAUUUUACCUUUAAAUGCAAAGACCAUCCUGUUGUGCUAUCAUUUGGCCCGUUGCGACUUUAUACAUCAAUUAUAAUGGACUACAUGUUUGAAUUAAAUCUUUUUUAGUUAGGCGAACUAUACUCGUGCAGAGGAUAUAGGAAGUAGGAACGUGUAGAAGAAACAUCUUUGGUGCUAGUUGAGACUUUGCAAGCGAUCCAGAUUAAUUGGGUUGAUUGUGCUCCUUGCAUUAUCUUUCCGAAUGUGGAAUGAUAAUAUUGACCAAACAUGGUUUCUGUUAGACACAUUGUUACUUGGAGAUCAAAUAAUAUUGGUUGACCUCACAGCUUUCUGCUUACAGUUCAUGGACGGUUAUUUUGUAUGUGUUAUGGACGGGUCCUCUUCCUGUCUGUUACAGAUUCUGGUGCAGGCAAACUCGCCUUUCUACAGGAUCGACAGGUAAUAUUAGCAAUAUUUACCCUGCCAACCGGUGUUUGGUAAAUCUGAGGCAGUUGUGUUACUACAGUAACAUCUGGCAUAGUUGUAUUACCCGGCUGGAUCAGAACUGCAGAUUCAGACAUGAAUCCACCUUAUCAUGAUUUUGAUUCAGUCUUGAUUGCCUGAAUUCUCCUAUAUACAUGCUGCACAUAGUCAGUUCUGUGUAACU